AUGACUCGACUGAGAAUUUAUGAGCGAUUGCUUGGAGCCUGUCUGCUUAUCAUUCUCCAUGUUCAAGGUCAAAAUCUAGACAGCAUGCUUCAUGGCACAGGAAUGAAGACAAAUGCUGACCAAAAGAAACAAGCAAAUGGAGUUACACUUGCUCCAGAGGACACUUUACCUUUUCUUAAGUGCUACUGCUCAGGACAUUGUCCAGAUGAUGCUAUUAAUAACACGUGCAUAACUAAUGGACAUUGCUUUGCUAUCAUUGAGGAAGACGAACAUGGAGAACCCACACUUGCUUCUGGCUGCAUGAAGUAUGAAGGUUCAGACUUCCAGUGCAAGGACUCGCCUAAAGCACAAUUACGUCGAACAAUUGAGUGCUGUCGGACUGAUUUCUGUAAUCAGGAUUUACAACCAACAUUACCACCACUUGACAAUGGACUUUUUGAUGGCAGCAUUCGUUGGAUGGCAGUGUUGAUUUCUAUGGCAGUCUGCAUAAUUGUCAUGAUCAUCUUAUUUAGCUGCUUUUGUUACAAGCACUACUGUAAAUCGAUGGCAAAGAGGCACUGUUAUAAUCGUGACCUGGAGCAAGAUGAAGCAUUUAUACCAGCUGGGGAGUCAUUAAAAGACCUCAUUGACCAGUCACAGAGUUCUGGAAGUGGAUCAGGACUGCCUUUGCUGGUUCAGCGCACUAUUGCCAAACAAAUUCAGAUGGUGAGGCAAGUUGGAAAAGGACGAUAUGGUGAAGUGUGGAUGGGCAAAUGGAGGGGUGAAAAAGUUGCAGUGAAAGUGUUUUUCACCACAGAAGAAGCCAGUUGGUUCCGAGAAACAGAGAUUUACCAAACUGUUUUAAUGCGUCAUGAGAACAUCCUUGGUUUCAUAGCUGCAGAUAUUAAAGGCACUGGCUCCUGGACACAGCUAUACCUGAUCACAGAUUAUCAUGAAAAUGGAUCAUUGUAUGAUUUUCUGAAAUGCACUACACUAGACAACAGGGCUCUCCUCAAACUGGCUUAUUCUGCUGCCUGUGGUCUGUGCCAUCUGCACACAGAAAUUUAUGGGACACAAGGCAAGCCUGCUAUUGCACACAGGGACCUCAAGAGUAAAAACAUCUUGAUAAAGAAAAAUGGAACCUGCUGCAUUGCUGACCUGGGUCUUGCAGUCAAGUUUAACAGUGACACAAAUGAAGUUGAUGUUCCCUUGAAUACUAGAGUGGGAACAAAACGUUACAUGGCUCCAGAGGUCCUAGAUGAGAGCCUCAAUAAAAACCAUUUCCAACCGUACAUCAUGGCUGACAUCUACAGUUUUGGGCUGAUCAUUUGGGAAAUGGCUCGGCGCUGUGUCACAGGAGGUAUUGUUGAAGAGUAUCAGUUGCCAUAUUAUGACAUGGUGCCAAAUGAUCCAUCCUAUGAGGACAUGAGAGAAGUGGUGUGUGUCAAACGUCUACGCCCAGUAGUAUCGAAUAGAUGGAACAGUGAUGAAUGUUUAAGAGCAAUAUUGAAAUUAAUGUCUGAAUGCUGGGCUCAUAAUCCUGCUUCAAGGCUCACCGCCUUGAGGAUCAAGAAGACACUUGCCAAGAUGGUGGAAUCACAAGAUGUAAAGAUUUGACGUAGUAAAUUGAUGCUGGAGAGCAAAAGCUGGACUCCUAGAUCUUCUCACUCAAACAUGGGUGAGACCUAUGUGGAAAGAGGAAAUAACUGAGUUUCAGUAUAUUUUCUCAGCACACUUCUACAGGCUGCUAAUCAAAUCUUUCAGUACUUCAUAGACUGUGAUACUGAGAGGCUCUGGACACUACACGCUACGUAUAUGGACAGCCUUGAUACAAUACGCGUUUUGGUUUGUUUGAGCUGCGUCAAGACUUCAGUCAUACUUAGUGAGUCUC